AUUUUCCGCAUUUUGAGUGGUCAUUUUGUUUUAUUGAUUGGGGUUAGAGUUAAUGUUAGGAUUAGGAUUAGGUUGAGGUUAUAGUUAAGGUUGGGGUUCUCUAACAAUGGUUAUGGCCAAGGUAAGAGAAAGGCUGUAGAGAAUGAACGCAAGUCAAUUAUAUCUUCCGUCGUCAUGCUUGGAAAAAAACAUGUUGCAUGCUAGGAGGUCCAUGGGGAGGGACGUCCACAGUUUACACCAAUGUUGACGGGAUGCAGAAACCUUUCUUGGAGAUUUUUAUCAUCGGCUCAUAGAAGUAACUUGACUCCACAGACUGCUUCCUGCUGGUUUGACUCAGUAUUUGUGUGCGUCCCCUCUUCCUACCCUUCACCUGUUCCUGCUCGCUGUGGCUUCCCGAGUCAACAAACCUCUGUCCCCCUGCGUCCGUCUCUUCACUUCCCUUUCACUCGCUGCCACUCUCACUCUGCUCCCUCUUCUGGCCCGAUGGACCUACAGGAAGUUCUGCAGGUGCUGGAGCAGCUCGCCCCUCUGUCGCUGGCCGAGUCCUGGGACAAUGUCGGCCUGCUGGUCGAGCCAAGCAAAGCUCGACCCGUUAAGACCGUCCUGCUGACCAAUGACCUCACGGAGGCUGUCAUGGAGGAAGCAGAAGCCAUGAGGUGUGACCUGAUUGUCUCGUAUCACCCUCCGUUGUUCCGGCCGAUCAAGCGUUUGGUGCAGAAAGACUGGAAGCAGCGAUUGGCCGUCCGGGCUGUGGAGGCCGGGAUAGCGGUCUUCUCUCCUCACACUUCAUGGGAUUCUGUUAAAGGGGGGGUGAACGACUGGCUGGUGGGGGGACUCGGUAGUGGCCAGGUGUCUGUGCUCAGUCAGGCCCUCGGUAGCGCCUCCCAGAAUCACAAACUGGAAUUCACUGUGAGGAAUGCAGAGGAGCUGAACACUGUUAUGGAGGGGCUGAAGGCUCUGGACAGUGGAGCCCCACUGCAGCACUCAGUCACCAGUUCAGACAACAGUGGGAUCCAUAUCAGCUUAACCUGCAGUGACUCAGCACUGACUCCCAGUGUUCAGACUCUGUUACGACACAGCGCUCCCAGCCAGUCCCUCAGCAUCCUGCAGCUGCAGAAGCACCCCCUCCCAGGCCACGGCCAAGGGCGACUCAGCAUUCUGGAGCAGCCAUUAACUGUGGCAAUGGCCGUCCAGAAAAUGAAGUCCCACCUGGGCCUGAAGCACCUCCGCUUGGCUCUGGGAGUGGGUCAGACACUAGAGUCCACUGUGUGCACUGUGGCCGUGUGUGCUGGGUCUGGCGCCUCAGUACUCAGUGGAGUGAGAGCAGACCUCUAUGUCACAGGUGAGAUGUCCCACCACGAAGUGCUGGACGCCGUGGCCAAAGGAACCAGCGUCAUCCUCAGUGACCAUAGCAACAGUGAGCGGGGUUUCCUGGCCGUGUUCAGGGAGCGGCUGGCUGUGCGUCUGCCUGACUCGGUCACUGUGGCAGUGUCGCAGGCUGACAGGGACCCACUGGAGGUCGUCUGAUUUCCCGCAGGCUGCUGCUACGCCCGAGUCAUUAACCACUACUGGGGAAAACGUAAAGUCGACUGUGUGGGAUGAAGUGACUGUCCUGUUACAAAAAUUGUGGCUGCUUGUGUAAUGGAGAGAUGUAUGGCUGAAAUCAUCACAUAAAAAAAACUGUCUGUGUAAGCUGUGGAUGUUAUGUAAUGAUGUCCAGUAAUUACAGAGCAGUAGCCCCAGUGUUUAUCAUCUCGCCACAUGCUAUAAUGAAAAGUGCUUCUUUAGUACACAGUGCACUAUUUAUGAAGGAUUUCUGUGAAAUUAUUAAUAAAAAAGCCCCAGUUGAUGAUGAAA